UAACUAGUUUUAUGUUGGUAUAUGCAGUGAACUUUACGCUCCUUCACAAGUAUGUGUAGACGAAAGCCCAGUCAAGGAAAAGACGAUGACGUAUUUCGCUCCCAAUUUUGCGCCACCUACAGGGCAAACACCCGCGCUUGAAACAAUGGCGGGAGGAGGACCCCGAGAUAAGCUUGUACAGUUGGAGCGGAUUGAACGAGACAUUGCCUCAUCUUUACAGAGCGCGGGUCAAGCCCUGCAGGAACUGUCCAAGGACAAACCUAGUCUGAAGCAGGCAGAAAGUCAUACUACCAGCUUCCUCAAGACUCUACAGGAAGUAGAGAACGGCAUGCAACUGCAGAUAAACUAUCUCACACAGGUGUCCACAGGUCAGCCGCACGAGGGAUCCUGCUACUCUGCUCAGAAGGACCUACAGAUGGCGUACCAUCGGAUGGAGCACGUCAAGAGUCGGCUCGGCGAGCUGGAGAAGAUCCGGAUGGAGCAUCUCCGACAGAGGCAGGGUCAGAUGGUCCGGAGCUAUUCCUUGCCAGAGCAUCUUCCUCCACCCCCUCUGCAGCAUCAGCAGCUGCCCCACCCCAUGCCUCAUCCACAACAUCAGUUCCACUGAGGCAGGGCAACAUCGUCAACUACAUCAAUCGGAACGGUUCUGUAGUGUAGAAGCAACAUCCACCGCAUGCCGCACCCUUAUCAACAGCGACUGUUCCAUAGCGUAAAAGCAACAUCUACGACAUGCUGCACUGCCACCGUUCGCAGCAUCAACAUCAUCAGUGUUGAAACAACAUCUACAACUUGACCCACCAACAUCAUCAACAGCAUCCGUUUCACAAUGUCAAAACAACAUCUACGGAACAUCCACAUCGGCAGAUCUACUGGGUCAAAGCAACAUCGGCGCCAUACAAACAGUGUCAAUCUGAUUUCGGUGGCAUGUCUAUCAAAGGUCAAGGUUAUUGUUAAGGUCAUCAUGAAGUGGUAUAAUUUAUUGCCGAUUACUGUCACCUUUACUUGUACGACUUGUCCUGACCUUGCUGUUUAAGUUCGACUGAUGAAGGUCAAGGUUACAGCAAUAUUGGAGUCCAUACUAUUUUCAUAUGGGUGUUUUGCAUGCAGUGGUCGAUAAGGACAGAUGAUAAGACCAUAUGAUUCCAUAAAUGGAUGUACCAUUACCAGAAUAGACCUUUUAUAGUGUACGCAACUUUCAUAAGAAUCGUGGAAGAAUAUUACUUUCUGGUUUCAACUCUAUUGGUAGUAGGCAUAUGACUCCCAAAACAGGAAGUAGUGAUAUCUUAGUGGAUGGUUCUACUUUUGAACCCAUGCUUGUCAUAAGAGGUGACUAACAGGAUCGGGUGGUCAGACUCGCUGACUUGGUUGAUGCAUGUCAACGUAUCCCAAUUGCGUGGCACGAUGCUCAUGAUGUCAGUCACUGGAUUGUCAGGUCCAGACUCGAUUAUUUACAGAUUGCUGUCAUAUAGCUGGGAUAUUGCUGAGUGCAGCGUCUUAGGAGAAGCAGUAUGCUGUCCAGAGUUGUGUCCCUUUGUUGCUCAAGGACUUCAAAUCCAUCAUCACCCCAUUGUAAUCAUAUAUUUCCAUACCUAUUCUGUGGACAUCCCAAAGUGGUAGACAUCUACGACCCCAUUCACUUAAAAGUACUAGUGACCCAGAAGAAUUGGGGAAGAAAUGGUCUUCAGCAACCCAUGCUUGCCGUAAAAGACGACUAUGCUUGUUGUACGAGGCGACUAAGAUUGUCAUUAGAGGCGACUAACUAGUUUGGGUGGUCGGGCUGACUGACUCGGUUGAUGCAUGUCAUCGUAUCCCAAUUGUGUGGAUCGAUGCUCACGAUAUCCAUCACUUGAUUGUCCGGUCCAGACUCGAUUAUUUACAGACCGCUGUCAUAAAGCUGGAAUAUUGCU